AUUUCACCCAUCAAAAACGAAACUGGUUGUAAAUACUAUAUCGAAGUAUAGCUUAAAUCACUUUGAACUGAUCGUCGUAAAAAGGAAAGCAACAAAAAAGUCAUAGCAAAAUUUCUAAGAUAUUAGUUUAAUAAAACAACGUUAUCGGCCAUGUUAUUUUUGAAUUUAUUAUUGUUACUUGUACCAACGAUUUUAAAUAUCGUCGUGGUUUUAUCCGUGCAUCAAACUCAUUCCGUUAACGUAAAUGAUAAUUUAAACGACGUGCACACGAUUCCUUUAGGAUCCGAGGCUACUUUUCAUUGGAGAGUGGAUUUAAUGAGCAAAUUGGUGAAGGUAGAGAUUCAUUAUACCGGUGAUCAAAAUACAUGGUUCGCUGUUGGUUUUUCGGAUUAUGGAGAAUUUAAACUUGCUGAUUAUUGUAUAUUAUGGAUUGAUUGGCAUCAACAAACUCAAUUACAGGAUGCUUGGUCGGACGUAGAAGGAAAACUAAUUGUCGAUAAGCAACAAAAUUGUGAAAAUUUCGCAUGGAAAAGAAGAGGCAAUCUGACCAAAUUUACAUUCACAAGAAAAUUCGAUACUUGCGAUGAACACGAUUAUAUUAUCGAGAGAGGCACAACCCAUAUCGUAUGGCUAAAGGGUCGAGGUCCAUUAACUUCCUUAGCAGGAUUGAAAAUAAAUGAUUCUAAAAGUUCUGGCAUGGCUAGAACAGAAUUGCUUCGAGUUACUCACAAAAAACCUAAAUUUCCUUCUAACGCCUGGCAAUACGACGUUACUGUGAAAGGUGUAAAAGUACCGAACAACGAGACGACAUAUUGGUGCCGAGUAUUUAAAUUACCUUCUCCUUUAAAACAAAAACAUCACAUUUUACAAUUUGGUCCAGUAAUUCAAACGGGUAACGAACAUUUAGUUCAUCAUAUUGAAGUCUUUCAUUGUGCUGGUCCAGUUGAUUUAGAAGUUCCAAUUUACGAAGGACCUUGCGAUAGUAACGAUCGACCAGAAAAAACUCAGAUAUGUAAGAAAGUACUGGCAGCUUGGGCUAUGGGAGCAGAUGCCUUUGUAUAUCCAGAAGAAGCUGGUUUGCCUAUCGGUGGUAAAGAUUUUAAUCAACACGUCAUGUUAGAAGUUCAUUACAAUAAUCCUGAACUCCAAGCUGGUAAGACAGAUUCUUCAGGGAUUCGUUUUAUUUUCACGAAAAGUUUGAGGAAAUACGAUGCUGGGGUGAUCGAAUUGGGAUUAGAAUAUACAGAUAAAAUGGCUAUACCACCCCAACAGGAAUCAUUCAUUUUAUCUGGCCAUUGUAUAACAGAAUGUACCGGAGUUGGUUUAUCUCAAAGUGGAAUAUAUGUAUUUGGUUCUCAAUUACAUACACAUUUAACUGGUACCAAAGUGGUAACUCGUCAUUUCAGAGAUGGAAAAGAAUUACCUCUUUUGAAUUAUGAUAAUCAUUAUUCUACACAUUUCCAAGAAAUCAGAUUACUUCCUAAACCCGUUAAGAUUCUACCCGGUGAUUCUUUGAUAACAACUUGUACGUAUAAUACUAUGCAAAGAGAUAAUAUUACUUUGGGUGGUUUUGCCAUAUCCGAUGAAAUGUGUGUUAAUUAUAUACAUUAUUAUCCUAAUACACGUUUAGAGGUAUGUAAAAGUGCUAUUAGCGAUGAUGCACUGAGAACAUAUUUUCGUUAUAUGAGAGAAUGGGAAAAUCAAAAUACGAGUAUAGAAAAGGGAAUAUCAGAUAAUUAUAAAAGUAUCGAAUGGACUAAAAUUCGCGUUGAAGCUCUUCAUGAUGUUUAUCAGGCUGCUCCUUUAGGAAUGCAAUGCAAUGGAUCUGAUGGAUCUCGAUUACCUGGUUUGUGGGAUAACAUAGCCACAACUCCUAUCAGAUUACCUUUACCACCACCUGCUAGAGAUUGCUUUGAUUUCUCAUUUAGAACAGAUGCUAUGGAUUCGAUGUAAUCUACUUUAACUUAAGUGCAGUAUUCUUAGUAUAAUAAGUAGUGAUAAUAAAUUAUUUCAGUUCUAUGUGAGAGAAAAUAAAUCAAAUAUUUAAUC